UCGUCUCUCUGGUUCUCAUCCUUCGUACAAAAUUGAAUCGGAGAAUGAAGGGUUCAGGGUCUACCGGUUGGAAAGGUCCCGUCAAGUUCAGAAUGCCUACAGCUGAGAACUUGGUACCGAUUCGAUUAGACAUUCAAUACGAGGGUCAGCGUUACAAAGAUGCUUUCACUUGGAACCCUUCAGAUCCGGAUAAUGAGAUCGUUAUCUUCGCUAGAAGGACUGUUAAAGACUUGAAACUUCCACAAGCUUUCAUCACUCAGAUUUCUCAAUCUAUUCAGUCUCAGCUUGCAGACUUUCGAGCAUAUGAAGGACAAGAUAUGUACACUGGUGAAAAGAUCAUACCAAUCAAGCUUGAUCUCCGAGUUAACCAAACCCUCAUCAAGGAUCAGUUCUUGUGGGACCUAAACAAUUUUGAGAGUGAUCCUGAGGAAUUUGCACGAACCUUGUGCAAGGAUUUAGGUGUUGAAGAUCCCGAAGUUGGGCCUGCUGUUGCAUUUGCAAUCAGAGAACAGCUUUACGAGAUUGCAGUUCAAAGUGUGAGUUCAGCUAGGGAGAGUAGAUUAAGCAAGAAAAGCCGCAGAGGAUCUGAUUAUGGUUCAGCGAGUAAGGCAAGUGGCUUGUCAAUGGACUUAGUGAAGUUAUUCAGCUUUAAGUCCAGUGUAGUUCGGAAAAGGAAAGACUUGGAUUUUUAUGAACCAAUGGUGGAUUUGCUAACAAAUGAGGAAGUUGAUGCCCUUGAAGCCAGAGAAGAGAGGCAUGCAAGGUGAAAAGUUUCGUGUACAUGUAUACAAAAUGAAGAGUAGCACGAACUCAAAUGAUGUUGUACUAUGGUUAACUCGAGCUUCUGAUAUUAGGAUAACUUUUCUUCAAUUGAUUCACUUCGAAUCAUUGGAUUCUUACAACAAAUUACAUAAGACUCAGAUCUGAUAAGACACUUACUCAUCUCAUCAGUCAAUGCAUCCGGUAGAACAGAGACCGUUGUGUAUGUGUAUGAUAAGUCUGAGCUUUGGCUAGGUGAAGGACAAGUUGGUGUGGAAUGAUAAAUGUUAGAUGGAGGUUACCUCAAAUGGACAUGUUAGGUGUGCAGAGUUCAGUGAGACCAUCUCUUGAUUGAGAUGUUUCCCAAACUUUGAGCAUCUUUACAGAGAGAGAGUAUACAAAAAAGAAGAAAAAAAAUUAGGAGAGACUCACUCAGAGGACAAGGCACGUUGUGAUAAUCAAAUGCCCCACUUGUGAGUUUAAUAAGAUCUCAUCAUCAACCAUUAAACCUACUGUCGAUAUACGGUCGUACUUUGCUUCUAUUCUCUUCUCUCUAUUUCUAAUUUUAUUUUUUAUUAUUUGCUUGUUCAAUGAUUGGGUCCCCCCCUCUAAGCUCAAGCUGCUGUCAUCUUAAUUAUUAUUGUUUUUUUAUUGUGAAGUAAAAUUAUUGUUUUUGAUGUAAGUUUUGUAAUCUUGUGUGGAGAUUAUUGAUCAGUUUUUGUUCUGUGGAAUUUAUGAGUUGUACUUGUGCCCUUCUGAAUCGGC